AUGAGGAGCGUGGCGACCCCGUGGCCCGCCCUGGAUUGGACGCUGGCGGCAGAUGGCGACCACGAUUGGCCGCGGGGUGGUGACGUCAGGGGCGGGGCUGUUUCGGGGUGGGAAGCGCGCCGCCCGCCGCCGGGCCUCUGCCGGGCGGGGCUGCUGCCGAGUCGGACCAUGAGCGGGUGCGUUCUGGAACCCCGGCCCCCGGGGAAGCGGUGGCUGGUGGCCGGCCUGGGGAACCCCAGGCUGCCCGGCACGCGGCACAGCGUGGGGCUGGCGGUGCUGGGGCAGCUGGCGCGGCGGCUGGGCGUGGCGGAGAGCUGGGCCCGCGACCGCCGCUGCGCCGCCGACCUCGCCCUGGCCGCGCUCGGGGAUGCCCAGCUGGUCCUGCUUCGGCCGCGGCGGCUCAUGAAUGCCAACGGGCGCAGCGUGGCCCGGGCCGCGGAGCUGUUGGGCCUGACUGCCGAGGAGGUCUACCUGGUGCACGACGACCUGGACAAGCCCCUGGGGAAGCUGGCUCUGAAGCUGGGCGGAAGCGCCAGGGGCCAUAAUGGAGUUCGUUCCUGCAUUUGCUGCCUCAACUCCAACGCAAUGCCACGGCUGCGAGUGGGCAUCGGGCGCCCGACGCACCCGGACGCCGUGCAGGCACACGUGCUGGGCUGCUUCUCCCCAUCGGAGCAGGAACUGCUGCUUCCAGUGCUGGAGCGGGCCACAGACCUGCUCCUGGACCACAUCCGUGAGCGGAGCCAGGGGCCCUUGUCAGGCACCUGACACCAGUGGCCACAGCGGCCUGCUCACCUGCCAUGCCCAGAUACCCAGCCACGUCCACAGAGGUGCCACGCCAACCUGUGGUAGCCACUUUUUAUAGAACUCUUCUCUGGACUACUCCAGGCUCCUGGGAUUAAAAGGGACUGUGGCUGGAUUGGUCCAUUUUGGGGAUGAGGGUUGGUCGUCUCUCUGUGUCUUACUUGGAAAACAGGGAAACUUCAGGAAGACUAAACUUUUUUAUCUUUUU